AACUUUUAUAAACAUCGGCACUUCCGCCAACCAUUUCUUCUCCCUCAAAUAUUACCGGCUAUGUCACGUUAUCUAUCAAAUAGGGUUCAUUUCGAUGAGGAGGGCCAACUGGGUGGAACUAAUUUGAAGUUGAGGCCCUCCGAAAGCAACGUUACGAUAGAUCAAGAACCUUUUAUGGGAGUGAAAGUUCGUAGAAAAGCUUCUAUUCAUAGAGAUUAUCUUGGUGAUUAUCUUGACGUUCCUUCUCGACCUUAUCUUAUCAAGAUUCUCGAAAAACAAGGUGACAAAAAGGUUCUAUUUGCAGACACAGUUAUGAAGUUUACAAGCACAGGGAAGAUGAAGCGGCGCAUUCUCUUUGUUACUGAUUUCGCCAUCUACAUUGUAAACCCAGAAAUUGGCGCACUUAAAAGGCGGAUUGCCCUGGCAGCUGUUGAGAAGCUUUGUCUGAGUGAAUUAAGUGAUAAUUUCCUUGCAAUUAUCAUCCCGACUGAGUACGAUCUGCUCAUGGCCAGUACUCGGAAGACAGAAAUAGUGACAACCUUAGUAGAUGCUACCAAGAGUCAAUCUGACUAUGAACUCGAUGUUCUCUUCUCUAAUAGGUUUGAGUACAAUGCAACUUCUGAACUCGUUAAAGAAGUUCAAUUUGAGCAAGUUGAAGCGGGUGUCAAAACAAGAAUCUCGCGGAAAUGAACUACCCUUAGCAUGUAACUGUCUAAGAACAUCAACUGCUCUCUACCAUGUCUGCAAAUGUAUGUCUUGCUAUUUGGAAGGGGGAGCCGGUUUUGCACUUCCUCAAACAAAGAAACGCGGUGGGAUCUGGGUGUAUCAUUCCAUGUAGAAAGGUGAUCGAUUUUUACUUAUCAAAGAACAGAAAAGGCAAAGGGACAGAAGUAUUAUUUUUUCAUCAGCUGGUUUCGUCGCUCUACCUAUGCCUACAUAUGCAUUUAUAUAGCUUGUUGCCUUGUUGUAAACCUGUAGAUGUGUUCUCCUUUCUUCUUUUUUUCCCUUUCUCUGAUUGUGUUUCGUAACAUUGUACAUUUUCCAAUUUAUAAGAUGAGAAUGUUUGGUGGUUAA